AGUGGCGAAUAGACAGAAAACAUGGAGGACAAGCGGGAUAUUCAAACGUCCAGACGACACGGCAGCUCCAAAUCGGUGUUAUCUGCUGGUUCUGCCAUGGCCAUGGAGAUUAAGCGAAAGAAAAUGCGUGAAAGCUCUAUCUUCCUACAAAAAGAGAGUACAAACAUAGAAGAGAAGGUUCAGUUUGAGACGAGAAUGCGCGAGGGGUCGUACAAGCUGCUGCUGGCUUGCAGUAAAAGGGAGCAAGUCCUCAACGCUUCCAAGAACCUGCUGACCUGCAACGCCAGGAUCAAGGCCUACCUCGCCCAGCUGCAGCGGGAAGAAGGGGAGCGGGACAGGGUGGGAGCAGAAAGAAGACUCGCAGAGGGUCGUUCACCAUGUCCUGGGACGGUUGCAGUUACUGGCCUGCGUUUUCCUUUGAUUUGGAGGGAUUCAGACCAUUUUAGUAAUAGAGGAAUCUCCCGUCGGGUGGCGGUGUUCUGCCUGAUGCAGAUUGGCUCUGAGGUGUUUGACACUGAGAUGGUCGUGGCGGACAGAUCUGUCACUGACAUCUGCUUUGAGGGACUCACUCUCUUCAAAGAUGUAGUUCCCCAGUUUGAACUGAAGGUGGAGCUGUGGAGCUGUUCCAUGGAGGAAGAGCUCACUUUACCAAACACACCAAAGAAACUUGCAAAGAAGCUGCGUAACUCCUUUGGAAGGAGCUCCGGAAAGAAGCUCUGCUCCCUGCUGGACACUCCAGAUCCUGACACCUUCCUGCUGGACAACCCAAUACCUUUGGGAGCCAAAUACAGCCUGCUGGCCUGCACAACACUCGGUCUGCCUGAUGCUGAUAGCAGCUUUCAGUCUCACUCCCUCAUUGUCUACCAAGGCGCCGAGUGGUCAUCCUGGCUUCCUCUGUACGGCAACCUGUGCUGCCGCUUAGUGGCGCAGCCGGCCUGCAUGACGCAGAGCGCCAUGAGCGGCUAUCUGAGUCAGAAGCAAAGUGUGCAGGGGGUGAACCGCUGCUGCAAUCUCUACUGUCUGCUGAGCGCCGGCUUUUUGUCCUGUUACUUCACCCCUGAAGAAAUUGAUGCUAAAGUGCAGCCCACUCUUAAUGUGCCAAUCAAUAAUGAGACCCGCAUUUGUGUGCUGGACAAACAGUCAGGCGAUCGCAAAUCCAAGAGUUUGUCCAUCAUCAACCCUUCGCCCGAGGGAUCUCAGAGUGUCGUGUUCACAGCAGACACCAGGGAGGAGCUGGAGGAAUGGAUCGACUGCCUGAACCAACACCUCUACGACCAGAGCCAGUGGCUCCACUGCUGCGACCGCCUAAUGAAAAUUGAGGUCGCAUCACCACGGAAACCAUCGCUUUUCCUCGCCAAGCAGGCCGACUCUGUUUACAACGACCUCAGUAUAAAUUCGCCCAACAAGUUUGAGAGCAUCACAGACAUAAUCCACAGUAAAAUCGAAGAGACAGAUGGCCGCUUUCUGAUUGGGCAAGAGGAGGAGAGGGAGGCCCCUAACUGGUCCUCUCUGUUCGAUGGGUCCCACUCGGUGGUGGUGGAGAAGAGUCUUCUGUCCCAGAGCAGAACCUCCACCCCCUGUUCAAGCCCCAGCACCGGCUCCACGCCCAUGGGCAACAAAAAGCGCCGCGCUCCGCCCCCUCCUUCUGACGUGAAGCCCUUCGCUAACCCCACCCGUCCAGACAGACCCCCUCUGCCCCCCUCUCUGCUUCAUCGUCCUCUUCCUUCGAACCAGGAGAAGGAGAACACCGGCGCGUGCGCUUCCCGCCCAGCUGUCAGGUCCAAAACAGGCCGGCCUUCGCUGGAUGUCAAGUUCUCCGCCAUCAUCCAGCAGCUCCAGCGGAACAACGCCGGGGGCGCGGCGGCUCCAAGCCGGAAGAACGCCCCACUGGCUGUCCUCGACGUGCAGCCGCAGGGUCCGCCUCAGCCUCUGGAUGUCAAACCGCUCCAGCAGUUUGACAUCCAGAACCACAGUGUCCAGAUGCCUGAGGAUGCGGCUGACGAUGUGUUUGUCAGAGCCUACAGUGGUCCCGGUCCUGGUCCCGGUUCCGGGCCCAUUCCCGCACCACGCAGCAAACUGAGGAAGUCGCUCAGAGAGAGGAUGAAUCUCAAAGCUUUGUGAUCUCAACCCUGUUUUCCCCAAAAUCUUUUCACUUCCAGCCAGACGUUUUACACACCCUCAUCAUCAGCAUGAAUGUCGUAUCGAGCGGUUCUUUGACUUAAAAUUAAUAAAACGGAAAUGAUUUUCGAGGAAGAAUUGGGUGCAAAACUUUGAAUUUACUGUAUGUUUUCUCUAAUUCACACAGGGCCAAAAUUAUACAUGCAGAGUUAAAUUAUAUAGCUGCACCUCCAGUAAUAUUUGACUAAAUAUCCUGACAUGUUGAUAAGAAACCACACAAUAUCUGUUGUCAUUAUCACAUUUCUGCUGUUCUGAGUGUAUAUAUAAUAAGUUUUCUUAUCAGAGAUCCACAAAUUGCUACCUGCUAACCAAGGCCCAGCUUUUCACCACAUCAUAGUGAAAAUGAGUUUAGAUGGACUGGAGAAAAUCUACAACAAAUUCAAACUUGUUCACCUCAACAUUGUUUUCAAAAUCAACUUUCACCAAGGUUGGUUCAAAUGAAAAGCUGAGGAGGUGAAGACUCAUGCUUGUGAACUGGCAGGUACAAAUGUAUUUGUUUAAAUUGUGUGUCUGAAGCUCAUCACUUGCACAAAUAACUGUGAUAAAACCACUUUAUCUGAUUCAAGUAGCAUUAUUAAAAUCAGACAUUUUUGUUGCAUCUCAGUUAAGACUAUUUCGUAUGAUGUGAUUAUCUUUUAUAAACUAACGGUGAACUAAAUGUGUACUGUUGAAACUAUAUACCGUAUUCACUAGAAUUAACAGAUAAACCUUUAUAAAAAUGUUUGAUGGAGUAAAAAAAAAAAGUAGUCAUUAAUGUUAGGUAUACAUCUGAAAUUUGUUAAAGAAUUCAAAUCUACAGAUUAAGAUGCAUAAAGGGGAAAGAUGCAUUUUUUUUUGUUUUUAUGGGUGGAUUUUUUUUAGUUUAACCAGGAAGUGGCUGUCAGGAAUUAAAACUUUUUCCAAUCAGUGCGUGAAUACUGUUGGAACAUUACUAGGUGGCGCUAGCAUCAAAACCCUUUUGUGAGGAAGUUUUUACCAGAGAAGAAGACUAAAAUUUGGCAACUUUUGUUUCAUGUGGAGUGUUUGAAAAUGAGGUCAGAAGAACUAGAUUAGAUGUCGGAAGCUAUUUAAAAUGAAGCUACACUUUCAGUGACAAGUCUGCGGUUUAUUUGUGCUCCUAGAAAGUCGGAUGGUUGCGCAAGUCAAUUUUUGUUUUUACUUUGAACUGUCAACUUUGCCUAAUUUGCAAGAUGUUGGUCUUUUAAAGUCUUUUAAAAUGCUCAGCAAUAAGAAAAGAAUACCGUUAUGUAAGGAAUAUGCAGAGAUAAAUAGCCUUUAAUAAGGCUAUUUAUUCUAAACACUAACAUGCAAAGGGUUAAAAAAAUUCACCUCAUGACUGUUCUAAAAGAAACUGUAAAAUUAUAAUUGACAAUGACUCCUGUUGCGUUAUUAUAUACAGCAGUAUAUAAGACUAUUGUAUAGUUCCACUGUAGGAACUAUGCAAUAGUUCCUACAGUUGUAUUGCCAUUAGUUAUACACUAAUGGCAAUACAAAGUAAAAAAAAGUAUCGACUUAAUUAUAAAACUAAUAAAUUAAAUGGAUAAAAUGAUGCAACAGAUUCAACUUAAAUACAAUAAUUGUGACUCAACAUGUUCUUACAGUGAAACUAGAACUGCCUGAUAUUUGUCAGUGGGGUUAAAGCUUUGCAAAAAUUGUGAAACAAAUCUGAUUAUUGCUUCUGAUUAAACUCCUGAAUUCUAACAUUAAUAUAAACACCAUCAAAUGAUGAAUCUACUAAUACAACACACCGUAUAGGUCCUGAGUCAUAACAUUACCACCUAAAUCUCACCGCCAUUUAGGUGCUGCACUGAUGGAUCUACUGCUUUACUUUGUUCUUUCUUGUGGCUAACCCCACAUGUGAGACGGCAUGCUUCGGUUGAGCUAAAAUAGAAAGCUUUCCCUCAGCUCUAGAACAUGAAAAGUUUCACAAAUGCACUUAAUUUAAGUUGAUCCAUCUGGGUGACGGGGGACAAGCCGGUGCCUUUGGAGUUAUUGACGUCCUCCACUUACUGUGACAACUUUAUGACCACUGCAGCUCGCUUUAAGGAAAGGCAAAUUGUAAGCUAGUAAUGUGACUUCUCUAUCCCCCCUCGAGGUCUUUAAUAGAGUAACCUUGUUUUUUAGUGGCUACGUCUAACAUAAUUUAACAUAGCAGCCAAUAAAUGCUCUGAACAUAAUUGAAUGAAUGGGCCUUUUGAGUGGCCUGAAUAAUGAAUGUCCUUGUGCACUUGUUUUGAACAUGCCCAGUACUACAAGCCCCUAAAUAUUCCAGCCACUUAAUGGCAUUGUGUUGAAGAAUGGACGUCGUAAUUACAUGCGGAGUGCAAAACAUGGCUGAAACUACCUGAAAACAUGAGGCAGAACAGGGGGGAAAGCUAUAGAAGCUAUUUUUUUUCUUCUGUUAUCCUGCAAAUUCAUUUAAAUAAUACAGAAAGGUUAAAGCUUUAGGAGGCAAAAGGGAAUGCGGUUCAUUAUUUAGCAAUUUGCCAGAUGUAUCUUAUGUUUACUGUGAAUCACCUGGUGGUUUCUGUACUGUGCAUUCUUGAAAAACAUUUUAUUUUAUUUGUCUUUACUUCAGAAUCAAACUUCUUGGAACAAAAGAAAGGCCGGUAGAUUUCUGCAUUAUUUUUUACAAAAUUUGCUGCAUGGGCAGCGCGAGUGCUGGAAUGCUACUUGUAUCAAAAAUAGUUGUAGUAAAGGAGUACAGCUAAAUGAAAAAGUAGUUUUUAACUAUAAUGACUGCAAUAACAAAAGUGAAAAUUAGUUUAUUCUUGUUUGACUGAAAUGUGUCUUUACAAAUGUCAUUUUUAUACUUCUUUUUGUAUCAGUAGGAAUACGGACACAUCAAUCUUACAUUAGCAGUUUAUAGUUUCCAUGCAUUAUAAAAUUAGAUUUAGAUCAUAGAUAUCGUUUCUCAGAAAGUGCAAUUGUUUCUCGCUGUUGUCUUGGAAGCUAUAACCUUGUUUGUUUUUUUAAAAAAAUUACUGCUGAUCUGCAAUAAAACGACCUACAUUCCA